AUGGCUCAGCUGCCCACAAACGAGGGUGUCCGCUUGGAUACUCUGCCUUACGGGACUUCUCAGCAAGAUAUUCACCUAGCGGAGGGCCCCGAAGAGAGCCAUGAAGGCACGGGUCAAGGUCUCGAACCUGUAGAUAAAGGUCGCGCAGCAUGGAGAAUGCUUCUCUCGGCCUUCAUCUUCGAGUCAUUACUCUGGGGCUUUCCCUUAUCCUUUGGAGUUUUCCAAAAUUACUAUUCGCAACUUCCUGAAUACGCAAAUCAACCUUACGUCUCGGUAAUUGGAACUGUUGCAUCGGGAAUAUCCUAUAUGGGUGCCCCUGUGAUCAUUCCUUUACUUAAACGCGUAAGAAAAUACCGCACCUACAUGAUAUGGUUGGGAUGGACAUUGUGUAUCGUCGGAGUCCUAGCCAGCUCUUUUGCACAAACACUGGGCGGCAUUAUCUUCACUCAGGGGGUGAUGUACGGUAUCGGUUUUACUGUCUUCUACUACCCGAUUAUCGGCAUGGUAAAUGAAUUCUGGGUUGCCCGGCGAGGAAUGGCAUACGGCAUUCUAUGCAGUGCAUCUGGAGUGUCCGGCGUUGUUAUCCCGUUUCUGCUCGAAACAUCACUAAAGAGGUUCGGACUCUCCACGACAUUACGGGCAGUUGCGGUGGGACUAGCACUGGUGACGGGCCCUUUGAUUCCGUUGCUCAAGGGACGGCAUCCCAUAUCAGAGCAAACAGAGCAAAGUGCUGUUGCCCGGACCGAUCGUGGUUUCCUACGAGUGCCGCUAUUCUGGAUCUAUUCGGUCUCGAAUUUGAUGCAAGGCCUGGGAUACUUCUUCCCGUCACUCUAUCUACCAUCCUAUGCAACCACCUUAGGCAUGAGUUCAAGGAUGGGGGCACUGUUGUUGGCCAUAAUGAGUGUUUUCCAGGUCCUCGGGCAGUUCAGCUUUGGAUACCUGUCCGAUCGCCGAUUUUCCGUCAAUGUCCUAACUCUGACCUCGACAUUGGUGUCAGCAGCCGCGAUCUUGACAUUGUGGGGUUUGGCGCAAAGUUUCGUGCUUUUGUGUAUCUUCGCCGUCGUCUAUGGGUUCUUCGGGGCCGGAUACACGGCCAUGUGGGCAAGAAUGGGAACAACCGUGACUAGCGACACCACGGCUGCUUUUACUGCGUUCGGCCUUUUCAACUUCGGCAAGGGACUUGGAAACGUCUUUGCUGGCCCAAUCGGCGCCAAUCUCUUGAUCGACUCCGUCGAUACCGUGGAGUAUGGCGCCGCCAGAUACAAGGCUGUAGUCCUCUUUACAGGCUCUUGCAUGCUCGCUAGCGCUGCGAGUGCCACGGCUGCGUACUUUAAACCUUGGAAGGCUGCCUCUGUGCGGGACUGA